UUAAGGAAGAGAUAAGAACACCGGAGAGAUGUCCUAGUCCUCUUUUUCCACAGGAUGGUUCAGGAGAACAUCACAAUGUCCCACAGGAUGAUCAGAGCCAUAUGAGAUGGAUGACGAGCAGAGUAUAGAGGACAUUCCUACAGAUAACCGCCCAGAGACUGUAGCUCAAAGUUACAGAAGUUUUGUUAACCGUCAAAGAACUCACACCGGGGAGAAGCCAUUUACAUGUUCAGAAUGUGGGAAAAGUUACAGGAUUAAAUCAAGUCUUGUUACACAUCAGAGGAGCCACACAGGAGAGAAGCCAUAUUCCUGCUCAGACUGCGGGAAACGUUUUACAGAUAAAUCAAAUCUUGUUAAACAUCGGAGAGUUCACACAGGAGAAAGGCCAUAUCCGUGUUCUGAUUGUGGAAAACGUUUUAGCAUGAAAUCACAUCUUGUUAAACAUCAUAGGAGUCACACAGGGGAGAAGCCAUUUGCAUGUACAGAUUGUGGAAAAUGUUUUACAGAUAAAUCACAUCUUAGCAGACAUAAGAGGAGCCACACAGGGGAGAAGCCGUUUUCAUGUUCACAAUGUGAAAAACGUUAUAAGCAUAAAACAGAAUUUGUUAGACAUCUGAGAACUCACACAGGGGAGAAACCAUUUCCAUGCCCAGAAUGUGGGAAGGCUUUUAACCAGAAAUCCGAUCUUGUUACGCAUCAGAGAAUUCACACAGGGGAGAAGCCAUAUUUGUGUUCAGAAUGUGGGAAACAAUAUGGUGUUAAAUCACAUCUUCUUAGACAUCAGAAAAUUCACACAAGGGAGAAGUCAUUAUGAUAAGAAAGCUGGAAAUGGUUUCCUCAGAGAUCAAUUCUUGCUGAGCAUUAGAAAACUUCACUGUCCUGAAUUUGAAAAAAUCAUCAGGGAAGUAGUUUUUUCUUUUAACUUUUUUUUUUAUUGACCGAUACUAGACAGCAAAAAAUGCAGCCAUUAACCGUAAAAGUAAAGUCAAAUGUCAGAGAAAGAGGAAGCAAUUAAGAGCACUAUAUGAGAAUUACAGUAUAUAUGCAAUUAUUGGUGGAGGUGGGUUUGGUGCUGAACUUCUUCUGCCUAUCGCUGUAUUUGGCUAUCUCUAGAACUACCAUAAAAAUGAAUGGAGCAGCUGUGCGCAUGCCUGACUGGCUGCUCUGUUAAUUUUUGGGGGCUCCAUGGGGCCCAAAUUCUUGUGAUUGGUGGGGGUCCCAGUGGUAGGACCCCUAUCAAUCUAAAAGCUAUCCCCUAUCCUGUGGAUAGGAGAUAAUUUAACAUAACCGGAAUAUCCCUUUAAAGACAAAGGAGCACCAUAGAGCAGUGAAGAUGUCAGACUUGUAGCCCUAUUGGCUCGUGUGUUCUCCCAAGGAUACUGUAGAGCAAACUUGACUAAAGAUGCAAAUGGCAAAGUAGGGUUUAUAUUAUGCUGCCAGGACAAGGAAUUGCCAUGAAACCAUUUGGUCCAAAGAAAAUUUGAAUGAACCUCUGCAAUUCUUUGUCCAGGCAGCACAAUAUAAACCCAACUUUACCUAUUGUAGGUCUGUUAUCCAAAAACCCAGAUAUACACCUGUGCGUCCACCACGUGCAUACAGUAUUAUAUACCUGCAUUUGCAUUUAUAUUUGCAUAUCAAAGCUUUUUAAAAUAAUAAUUAAUACAGAUGAGUGAAUCGAUGCUGAAAUUCAAUGUAAAUUUUCCCCAAAGUUCUGAUUCUUUCGAAUCCGAUUUGCUUGCGGUUCGAUUCCGGAGAACUGAGAAAGACGAGAGACAGAAAGAUGGGUUGCUUUUGAUUCGAGUCUAAUUUAUAUAGACACAAAUCGAAUUGGUCGGCCGAUUCGGUUAAAUCAGACCCUUGUUUGAAUUUUAAGCAUCACACACAUCUCUAAUCGUUAAUAAACAUUUGCUUUUAAAACUUCUAUCCUUGUGUUUGGGCUUAUUUUUCUUUGUUCUUUAGUAGUUUGGAAUGAUAUUACCUCAGAACCUAUGGAGAGUGUUGCAAAUAUUGAUAUUAAUUUGAGUCCAGCUCUUCUCCCUCCCUGGUGAGUCCUGUGUAUAUGUUUGUGUGGUCAGAUCUGUGUCUGGUCAUCUAGGGCCUUUGAAGUUGCCUUCUAGCUAGUCACACCUCAGCAACCUGUGAUAACACAGGGCUGGGUCAUAAAACUCAAGAAUCUAUCUAUACUCAGAUCCUCCACAGUGACAUAAGAGGAUGGGGGGAUGGAUAUAGAAAGAGAACGUUUAUAAGGUAUGAAAAACCAGGGCUGGGGCUCACCAAAGUAGUGAAGAUUUGUCCUGGUUUUCUGCCUGCCCCAGCACCUAUGCCAUCAACGUGAGUGUUAGGUUUCUUUUUUAUUUCCUCUAUUUUUAAGAAACUGUUGUACAUUGUAUUUCUGUAUGUCUUUUGUUACACUUUUUUGUGUAUAUAAGCAUUGUGACUCUUUUCGUCAUAUUA